AUUACCCGUACCCAUCAUCAUACCGUUUGAGGUAUGUCUUGAUUAGUGAUCAGUGAUUACUAGUUGCUCGCAGUAUCCAUUAAUCCAUUAGAGGAGGAUGAAGAAGAACAAAUACAACCGUCAGUCUCUCUGGUCAGUAGCUUAGGAGAAGAAGAUAAUAUUCCACUCUGUGAUUCCAGUCGAGACUACACCCAACAGAACUCUAUGAUUACUUACUUUGCUUUCUUUAUAAACCCUAACCUCCUUUUUCAUCUUCUUUAUUAGGAAGAGUACUACUAAACAGUCUCUCUUCUUUUCUGAAUGCACACUUCCAACAAAAAGACAUGGCGAUUUCUCAUAGAGCUCCUAAGAAUAAACAAAAGCAACCUAGAUCUCCAAUUCUCAAUCUAGUUAUUUCAAUUUCAGUUAUUGCGUUUCUUUUCAUACUAUCUUGUUGGAAUUCUACUUCUAAAUUCUCUUUUCCCACUGUAAGAGAAGCCCUACAAAAUGUAGUAUCUUCCUCCUCAAUUGAUCAUACUUUAGAGAAGAAAUAUUUGUAUUGGGGUAACCGAAUUGAUUGCCCUGGUAAACAUUGCCAUUCUUGUGCUGGUUUAGGUCAUCAAGAAUCUAGUCUCAGAUGCGCACUCGAAGAAGCCAUUUUUCUCCAAAGAACUUUUGUGAUGCCUUCAAGGAUGUGCAUUAGUCCCUUGCAUAAUAAAAUGGGAAGUCUCGAUCAGCCUAGCAAUUCAAAUGCUGACGACAGAUGGACAGAGAGCUCUUGUGCUAUGGACUCAUUGUAUGAUUUGGAACUCAUAUCUAAAACAGUUCCUGUAAUCCUUGAUAAUUCAAAGGUUUGGUAUCAUGUGCUAUCAACUAGUAUGAAGUUAGGAGCUAGAGGUGUUGCUCAUGUAGAAGGAAUAAGUAGAAACGAUCUCAAAGAAGAGAAACGCUACUCGAAUCUGUUACUCAUAAACCGCACUGCAAGCCCUCUUGCUUGGUUUAUGGAGUGCAAAGAUCGAAAAAAUCAUAGUGCUGUAGCACUCCCAUAUUCAUUUCUGCCUUCUAUGGCAACCAAGAAGCUUCAAAGAGCAGCAGAUCAGAUCAAGCAGCUGCUUGGUGACUAUGAUGCUAUUCACGUUCGGCGAGGUGACAUAUUAAAAACCAGAAAGGACAGGUUUGGGGUUGAAAGAAGCCUUCAUCCUCACUUGGAUAGGGAUACUCGCCCAGAAUUCAUUCUUCAAAGAAUUGCAAAAUGGGUUGAGGGUGGACGAACAAUUUUCAUUGCUUCUAAUGAGAGGACGCCUGGAUUCUUUUCCCCUCUCUCUUCCAGGUACAGAGUUGCGUACUCGUCAAACUUUAGUAGGAUACUGGAUCCUGUAAUUGAGAACAAUUACCAACUGUUCAUGUUAGAGAGGCUAAUCAUGAGGGGAGCUAAGACCUUCAUUGGAACAUAUAAGGAUAACGAAUCAGAUCUCAGCUUAACGGAUGAUCCUAAAAAGAACACCAAGAUAUGGCAGAUACCCGUCUAUACCAUGGACGACAAAGAGAGCUGAUUGUCCAUUUCAUUUUAUUCUUUAUUUCUCUUUUCUUCCCUUUUUUUAUGGUUGGAAGAAGUUUGUGAAUCAGGUUUUGAAGUUAGCUUUUGGCUUCUUGAUUACCAGAGAGACAAAUAUGGGUCUGUUAAUGUUGUAAUUAAUGAUAUCGGCAUUUUUCUAUUUAAUACAACAAAUGAUUUCCUUUUCCUCCAUGUAAAAAAA